UCACUAGACAGUAUAUUGAUGAGAUUCAUGAGCUGAAGGCAGCUGAUUGACACCAAGCAGUUGAGUGAACUUAUUGUCUUGCUCGAAGUAUUUAGAAAGCUUUUGUGUGUAGGAAAUCCUUGAUACUGUACUUUAUACAAAGACAAGAGCGCUGCCUACUCAACCGCACAUCUUAGCUUGUAUGUAGUGUUGUCUCCUGUUCAGGCGCCUUCUUUCUACGGCGAUUUGCACAAUAUUGAGUUUCUUAAAUAUGGCUUGGCUUGUCGUGAUUACCCUUGCAUCAUUGGUGCAUUUACAAUCAGUAUCGUCCAUUUUCCUACCAUAUUGGAAAGCCAAAAAUCACACCGAAAACUCCUUUCACAUUCCACUUAAUGCUCUGGCAGUUGAUGCUGAUGUUGCUAAGUUUGGUACAAAAAUGAGUUUCCUACAGAAUAUGAGCAAAGAGCAUUCACUUGAUGAAAGAUGUGAGACUGGUUUGCCUAUGUCUAUCGCAUGGCACCAUUAUGCGCCAUAUGUCACCAUGCAUAAUUCAGUACACAAGAAAAAGGUCGGAUUUACUGUAGCAGGGAUGUUUCCCGCCAUGCUAACACAGAUACUGAGUUCUUGCUGUCAUCCAAACAGUUCCGUCACAUUUGGAAAAUUUCUUCGUUCGGCACGUCAUGGUGAAGAAUCGUUCGUUGAGAAUAAUUUCGAUAUAACGUUUCCCCUGUACGGUUACGAAGCCCUUAGUAAUUCGUUUCGCAGCCAUGCCUUCAUAUCUUUAGUCCGCGCUCCACGUGUGAUUCUUUUGGUGCAUGACAAUCAGAGUCACACCCAGACAUCUGUUUUGGUUAAAGCUAUCAUUGGUGCCUGGCCUAUGCUUAUAUUCAUUCUCGUCACCGCUCUCUUUUCUGGAAUCGUCCUGUGGUUUCUGGAUCAUAACCAAAACCCUGAUGAGUUCCCGCCACCUUUUCUCAGAGGAGCAUGGGAAGGAUUUUGGUGGGCUCUAGUUACCAUGACGACGGUUGGUUACGGGGAUCGGUCACCAAAGUCUCCCCUUGGUCGUGUGUUUUGCAUCGUGUGGAUAAUCACAGGCGUUAUUAUUGUAUCUAUAUUCACUGCUCUCGUCACGGCCUCACUAUCAGCAAGCACGUAUCCAAACUUUAACAUCCACGGAUCCAAGAUUGGAGCAGUGAAUGGAAGUGAAGAGUUUCGUCUUGGUGUAAGCAUGAAUGCUGACAUGAAAGUGUUUUUAAACGUAAUGCAAAUAACAAAGGAGCUCCUGAAAAACGAGAUUGAUGGAGCACUUGUGGAUAAUUACGUCAUCACACACUUCUUGGAGUUUAUCAAAGAUGAGCCAAUAAGAGUAGAGAAGUACAUCGAACAUCCAAUCACGUAUGGAGUUGUAUUAGCAAGAAAUUCGUCAAGACUUGAACGAUGUAUACGUCAUUACAUUAUAAACUAUCCUCAAGAGAUUUUUGAGAGAAUUGCUGAGAACCUGAUUCCGCUUAAGAAUCCAACUGAUGACGUGAGUCAGCAGCUAAAAGCAGCCGAGUCAUUGUUUUACCAAGAAAAGAUGUUCAGCCACAUCAUGUUUGCUGGUCUUGGGUUGGUUGGGACUCUGUUCUUGGUCGGUAUUAUCUGGGAAUUUGCCUACAGAAGACCUAAAAUAAAAAAUCAGCGCAUAUGUCUUGGACCAAAGAUGACGUUUAGUUCCGAUGACGAAACAGUCAAACUACAAGCGACUGAUGAGUCACCUGUAGCCAAACUUGAUGAUAUGAUAGGUGAAUAUCAGAUGUUCCACGAAGCCUGGAUCAGCAAACUGAAAAAAAUACGAGACGCAGAAUUGAACGGCAACAAAAUGGAAGGGAGCAAAGAAAUGAUAGAAUCCUGAUCCAGACCCUUCUAGUUAUAAUCUCUUUGAUUAUUUUGUUUUUAAUGGUAUUAAUGCUGUGCACCGUUAAACCUUCAGUCUUGUUUAAUGGUUACUGCAUGUAUAUCAAAGCGUAGAGCAUCCUAAAUGUGUAUUAGGGUGAGGUUUGAGACUUGAAAACAUGCACUGCAUCGCAACUCGUCCCAGUCUUUUUCCCAACCUUGGAAAGACUGAUAUACGCGACGUCAAGAUUUGUACGAAAAAAACGACUUCCGGGCCCAAAACAACACAAAGCAGUUCUAUGAAGAUUUUCUUACCUUUUCUUCGUUACAGGAUUAGUUGUUCAAUUAUUUCUAAUUCUAUCAGUUGCAAAUGAAAUCAUCGAGAACAUUUUUCGCUUUAUUUUAGUGGUUUUUGUGAGCAGAUGGACCCGGAAAUACGUCAAAACUUAAAAGCAAAAAGUCUCCCCUUUCUCCUCAGUUCCAUGCCAUGGUAAACAACAGCACAUACUAGUAUGAUUUUUUAUUUUUGCUUAUGUUUGUUUUUUUUUUAAAACGGUAUUUUACUUUAGUUAUUUUAUUAAAAAUAGUCAGUGUGAUUGCUUACUUUUAAAAUCCAAUAUUUAUUCAAAGGUCAUGUUGCUUAACAUACCUUAUCAAAGACGAUGGGAGGUGAUCAUGUGACCUAGUGUGGCAUACCUUAUCCAUGAUGGGAGAUGAUCAUGUGACCUAGUGUGGCAUACCUUAUCCAUGAUGGGAGGUGAUCAUGUGACCUAGUGUGGCAUACCUUAUCCAUGAUGAUGGGAGGUGAUCAUGUGACCUAGUGCACAUUUCCCAUGAACGAGAUUUCCCCUGAACUUGAUUAAGAGUUGGAAAAACAAGUUACAUAUUUUWAAAUUCUUUUAAUACAUUUUGAAUUUUGAAUAAAUUAAUUUAUAUCUCAAAUUUUUUUGUAAUUAUAAAGUAAUUCCCUAUACAUUAUUUUCACCGUAUCUUUACAAAUAUUUGGGUAAAACUCACAUAAAUGUAUGCAUAAAUAAUUUAACUUUU